GAGGCGGCGGCAGCAGCAGCAGCAGCAGCGGCGGCGCCUGUGGCUUUGGGAGCCCCGGGCAAAGGAAAAGGGCGCAGCGCAGCUGUGGCUUCAGCGCAGUCUAGAAGCGGGAGCGGCGCCCCGGGCUGGGGCUCCCUCGAGCAAGAGGGGGAGAUGCGCGGUUCUUGGGGCGAGGGGCCUUGGAGAGAGCCCAGUGUUGCUUAAAGAAUGGCAUACAACCUAUUGGAAGAUUAAUCAGAUAUGAAUAUAAGUCAGUAAAUCCUGAGGAAGUAAAAAAGGGGCUUCCCUUUUGUUACCAACUGUCCUCAUGCUAAGGGACAUCAUUCUGCCCAUGAUGGAAGCAGAUGGCUGGGAAUGGCUGGUAACUGCAGUUCAACAGCUGAUAUCCUGGGGAGCUUCGGCAGCCAUGAUGUUUGGAGGUGUGGUGCCAUACAUCCCUCAAUACCGAGAUAUUAAAAGGACACAGAACGCAGAGGGCUUUUCAACCUACGUGUGCUUAGUAUUAUUAAUUGCAAACAUUUUAAGGAUACUCUUUUGGUUUGGGAGACAUUUUGAGUCACCUUUAUUAUUGCAAAGCAUUAUAAUGAUAGCCACAAUGUUAUUGAUGCUGAAACUGUGCACUGAAGUACGUGUGGCUAAUGAGUUGAAUAUAAAACGACGUUCCUUUUCAGCUGCAGAUAGUAAGGAUGAAGAAAUCAAAACAGCUCCCAAGAGAACCUUUCUAGAUUUUGACUUGAACUCUUUCUGGCACUGGAACAAGUUUGCAGAUUAUGUGCAGUGCGUUCUGGCUUUCACUGGGGUAACAGGAUGCGUCACUUACCUUUCCCUUGACUCCAGUAUCUUUGUUGAAACCCUGGGUUUCCUUGCUGUUUUCAUUGAAGCCAUGGUGGGUAUCCCGCAGCUCUACCGUAAUUAUCAGAAUAGGUCUACUGAAGGAAUGAGUGUAAAGAUGGUGCUAAUGUGGACCAGCGGUGACACCUUCAAGACGGUGUAUUUCCUCCUGAAUCAAGCUCCAUUCCAGUUCUCGGUGUGUGGACUUCUCCAGGUUUUUGUAGACAUGGCCAUCCUUUUGCAGGUUUACUUCUUCAGCUAUUACCCACAGAAACCUGUUCCACACUCAUCACAUCCAGCCAGCACAAAGGCACUUUAAGACACAGAAUGCAAGUGAUUAUUCAUUGAGAUUUGUAGAAGAGGCUGGGAGCCAGCCUUAGCUUCCGCUCUGCUUGUACCUACUGUGUUUCUGAGGAACUAAAAAUAGAAGGAUCAAAGAUGCAUACCUACAUGGACACUUCUUCUGGCACUUUUCCUCUUCUUUCAUUGGGUUGGAUAUCUAUUGAAAUGGGUUUGUUUUUUGGGGGGUUGCAGUGAGAGGUUUUCUUUUAUGUUCUUCUGUUCUACUCAGUUCUUUAAAAUAUCUGUGCACGGAUAAAUGUGUGUAUCACAAGGGCUGGUUGUUAAUAUUCUCAAUGCUAUUUUUUCAAAGGUCAGUUAUAAAAGUUGGAGUAUUUUGUCUGAAGCAUUUACCUAUUUAUACGCAUAUGGGCUAUGUAUUUGGAAUAUUUUACAUUCCUUAGAUGAAAGUGCAGAACCUGUUGUUGUUUUCAAAUGUGGUAGGCCAAACUUGGUAAGAUUGUAAGAGUUGAUACUAGGAAGAGAUGGUUUACUGAAUAAUGUCAAGGAAUAGAUUUUGUGCAACUGUGUUAAAUAUAUAUGUGCACACUGCUGGGCCAGUGUGAUGUAUAAAUACUUCAGAGUGAUUAGUGAUUUUGAUACAAAUGCUACUACAGCCAAACAGAACAGACUAAUGCACAGUUAAGUCUUCAGAGAGCUCAGAAGGAUGAGUAAUUUCAACACCUUGGAGAAAUUACUAACAGAAUCUAUAAAGGAUUUAUAGUUAAAGAGGUCAAGCUUGAAAGAAAAUCAGUGUUUAGUUUAGCCAUUAUUUGCAUUCUGUUCCUGUAUUUUUGUUUGGUGGGAAAGCCACUUUCAGUUAUGUAUGGUAAAUCUUGUCUUCACAGUGCGAGCACAAUGACAUUCUUAAAGUUAUACUCUUAAGUUGCACAGGUCAACUACAAUAGCACAGCUUCUUACACUAAAGACAUUAUCUGAGUAACCUCUCUGUGAAAGAGAUGGUUUACUAGACUAGGAUAGAGAAGAGAGAGCAAUAUUUUAGCGUUGGAUAAUAGGGCAGCCUUUUUUUUUAAAGAAACAUUUUGUGUGUGAUAUUUUUCUAAAUAUUUAAUACCAAAUGUCAUUUUAUGUUUGGGAAGAAGUGAGGCUACUGAAAAUGAGGGGAAGUAUGGUAGCGAUUCAUAGUCCAUUAAAGUUUUGAAAGUUGCUUCAUUUUAGCAAUGCCAUAGCCAGUAACUGAAAGGGGAGAAUGAAAAAGCACUUAGGGAGGCACAUUUAUAAAAGUAGAGAAACUGGAGGAUCUAUAAAAUGAGUUCACCAGACUUAUGUAAGCCUAUUCUGAGAUUUGAUUGGGCUGCAAGAAAAGCAUUGCUUGUAUUGUUUUAAAAAUUCCUUGACUAACUUGUCAAGGCAAAUUUGCUUCCAUAGCUAUGAGAUAUAUAUAUAUAUGCAUUCUACAGUGAUUCAGGAACCACUCUCUUCUCUUAGCCAUAAAAUACAUAAAACUGUAUGUGCUUUUGUUGUUAGAUAUAUCCUACUUGGAGGGGCAUUUUAUGAAAUGCUGAUUCAACUGUUACCUUGAUUCCCCUCAACUAUCCAAAAAAAGAUAUUCAAGUCUGACCAGAACUCUUCAGCUGGAUCUCCUCCUUGCUUCAUCCGGCUGUCUCUCUCUCAAAUCUGGGGUGACCUGAAGACAUCAAAAUCCCAUCUUUGCAAGAGUGGGGAUCUAUCAGCAGCUUUGUUUUAAUCCCUUCCACUAGCACAUCUGAUCUGGCUAUGCGUCCUCUCCUCUAUUUUGGAUCUGAGGGAGAAGUGUUUCACUAGGGCAAUUCUGAAUGCCCAGGAACUCAGUCCCUCCCUUAACCAGCAAAAAAUAAUCGAGACAAGACAAGGAUGAGGCAAUAUAUUGAUUGGCUAUCACUUUAGUGGAGGUCUCUCUGCCUGGCUGGCAAAUAAAUAAAACCUCAGGAAAGCUGCUUUAAUGAGGGCUUGGUGUGAAAUGUAGUUGAAUAGACUUGUGCUGUUGAUUGGCUUCGCUGCUUAUUCCUUGGUGCCUGAAGUGACCUUACCAAGCUGAUUUUAUGUGGCAUGGCUGAAUGUGAAUGUUGCAUUGCUCUCUUUUUCACAAGCGUUCUAACUAGGUUAGAACAGGGUGGCAGUCGUCUUUUAAAUUAUACAUUUUCACCCUAGUUUUUCCUGGUGUGCUGCUGUAGCGAGGAUUGUAUUUCUACUCGUACAACAGAACUUAUUAAAAUCGCAAUGCUAGGUUUUAUUUUUGUAUGGGGUAAUAUUCUUUGCUUUCCCAGUGUCCUUUGAGAAGAGAUACGGGAUUAAACUAUUAUGUUAGUGUAGCCUGAAUAUAUACAAAUACCUCUUUUUUUUAAACAAGUGUUAUUGAAGAUAAAAUUAAUAGUAUUCCACACACACUCCUGCUUUUUUUUUAGAUGAGUUACUGUCCACAGAUUCUUAACUUCUGCUGUCAAUAUUAAAAUAUAGGCUUAGAACAUCACAACAAAACUACAAAUGUCACCAGAGAAGUUUGCGCACUUGUGCAGUAUUUAACCGUGUGGAUCACUCACUCCUGAACUCCAGAUAGACACGUAUUUAAGAAAAGGGCCAUUUUAACAUGACCCACCUACAGUUUUGGGCUCGACAUCAAUUGAUUCCCAGGGAAUCAUAACUAUCCGUCACAUAGAAGAGAGCCAAGUGCCUGUUUUUUUCCCAUGAAACUUCUGUUGCCAUGGCUUGAACAUUUAAACUAGGGGUGUCCAACCCUGGCAACUUUAAGACUUGUGGACUUCAACACCCAGAAUUCCCCUGCCAUCAUGAAUUCUGGGAGUUAAAUUCCACAAGUCUCAAAAGUUGCCAAGGUUGGACACCCCUCAUUUAAACCAUGAGUGGCCAAUCUUUAAUUAGACAAUGGUGAAUCUCGCUCUCCUGAUCAAGUGCAGCAUGCCUUCUAGUGAUGACGGGAGAAUCAAUUUUCUCAUAGUUUUUUUGGGGGGGACGGGGAGGAUGGAUAACCCAUGUCCCUGGAAACUGACUAUUUUGCCAUCAAAUUUCAAAAGUUCUCAAGAUGCUAAGAGGCCACAUUUCACCAUAGGACACAGGUUGUCCAUCGCUUGCUUAAGCCUUCUCCUACUCACAGGUAAACUCUUCAUCAAGCAGCAGCUCUGAUACAUCUGUAAGAGUAUCCAAAGAGCAUCUCAGUAAUUAGGAAACUAUUUCCUAAAAAAAAAUCCUGUAAAGAACUUUUGUAUAUUUUAGCUAUAUGUUGAAUGUAUGGAAAAAUCCAAUUGCACUCAUUAACUAUCAAUUUGAUUUUUUUAAAAAAAUAAAGUUAUAUACAAAUUCA